UCUCCAUAGACAGUCUGGGGAGAGCAGAGUGCCGACCACCCUACUAAAGCCAAGGUUAGCGGAGUAAAAGUUUGAGGAAAACGCCACUCACCUUGAUUCUUUCAGCGCUUGCCACAGUCUUCCCUGCUACCACUUUAGUCAUGGUGAUCUGCCGCUGCUGUGGGCAAUGUUCUGACAUUCUCAUAUGCUUUUCUGAUUCGAAGUGACUGUUGAUUGUCGACUUUCUCUAGUUUCCAAAAACAUUGGAAAUUGUUUUGCACGAUCGUUAGCUGUUAUUUUAGUUGGCAAAUGAUAUUGAUUUCUGUUCAUUGUUCAUUGUAUUGGUCAAAAUUGAGGGCUCUCGCAUAAUAUGCCCUGAUUGGUUGAUUUUGCAUUUAAUUAUGAGAUCGCAGAAUCCUGGAGGGACUGAUUAAUAGGCUAGGUUGUAGCAACCUGGUGUAGCAAGCUGAUGGGUAAAGGGAACAUUUGAGUAUCAUGUAGUAGCCUAAACCUAUCGAUGUUACAUUGAGCUGGGUGAAUGGAAUAUGCAUGACAGUCAUCCAAUAUGCUGUAAUAUAAAUACAAAUAACGCUCAUAAAAAAAUAAUAAUCUUAAACGGCACCUACCGCAACUGAGUGGAACCGCCAACCGGAUGCUUCACAUUUAUACAUCCAGUGAAAUAUCUGGCUCAUUGUUCUGUUUGUGGUUGCUAUAUAUCUAACUAUCUCUCUGUACCCAUUUCUGAUGAUCCAUUGAUCUCAUCUAUGAUGUCUUGAUGGCUGGUGUCGGCAGCUACAUGCACAUAUCUUUUACAAAUUGUUAGUACCAAUGAGAGUAGAGCUACUGAAUUCGGACAUCAUAUACACAUGUGGCAUUGCGUUGGCAGCCAUAUUGGACUUUCUAUCCAUCCCUGGAACCAGGACCACAUUCCUCACCAGCGCGGCAGUAUCCUACUCGAAGCUGCCACCCGGAACAUAUUGAACAGUUGCACAGAUACAACAUCGGCUGUGAUUCAUUUUUAUUAAUUUGCGAAAACAUACUAUUUCAAGCAUUUUAUUGCCUAUUGUUCUGAACGAACGAAAGCACAGGACAGACACCAGCGGGAAUUAUAGAUACAUUAUGGCGACAUCAAAGGAUUGUUUUCAAACUAUCCACACAAUGCACAAGGCAGCACUGCUGGCCCAUAGAAAGCAGAAGUCAGAGGACACAUCAACCCUUCUUGGAGGCCAGUUGCCAAAUAAAGUUGUGCAUGAUAAUAAUUACAUUCCACUCAUGACUACUGGUCCUGAUGUGUCAGAAAAACAGAUGCAAGAGAAACCACAGUCAUUUCAACAUGCCAUUCUAAUGGCAUUGCCCAAAGAUAGACACCAGCCGAAACCUGUUAUAGUGGUUGGUCCAGCUGGAGUUGGCAGAACCACUGCCUUGGAGAAGCUAAUAGUGGACUGGGCCACUGGCAAACAUCUCCAGCACUUUUCCUGUGUCUUCCAUUUCACAUUCAGGGAUCUGAAUGCCCAUAAGGGGGUGCUGUCUCUGCAGGCAUUGCUGCUUCAGUGCUACAGUCACCUUUCCCCUGAGUCCCUGGCUCUAGUCCUGCAGAAUCCAAAGUCUCUGCUGUUUCUGUUUGAUGGGCUGGAUCAGUACCAGCACAGCCUGGAACCCCCCACAUCCCUGACCCUCUGCUCGGACCCUCAGCAGCCAGCCUCAGUCUCUAUGCUAGUGGCCAGCCUGGUGCAUGGACCUCUGCUGAAAGGGGCAGCCAUACUGCUGACCUCAAGGCCUACCGCAGCCAGUCUUGAGUCUCUAGAUGGCUACCGCAUGGAGCUGUUGGGGUUUCUGAAACCCCAGAGGAAGGCCUAUUGCGACAGGUUCUUCUCUGAUCCAAUUGUAGCCAGUCAAGCGUUUGAGAACAUAGAAAGGACAAUGGGGUUCUAUGAUUUCUGCACCUCUCCUAGAUUCUGCUGGAUGACAUGUUCCAUUUACAAGUCUCUGAUGGAGGCUGGAGAGAUUCUUCCUGAGACACUAACCCAGGUGUUUGUUUAUAUCACCAUCCACCUUAUUCGGGCACUGUCAUUGGACACGACCAAUGCCAGAGACCUGGUGACCUCCCUGGGUAGAAUGGCUUCCCAUUGCUGUCUUGGCCCAGAUUCAAACUGCUCCAAAGAAGAAAUGGCCUCAACUGAUGUACAACAGUUCCUAACAACUCCAACAUCAAUGAAAGAUUUCCUGCACGUUGAUGGUGACCUGGAAUCGGACAACUGCAUUUUCUCCUUCCACACCCAGAAGAUCCAAGAGUUUUUCUUGGCUGCAUCCUUCUACUUAGACGAGUCAGAAGCAGUGAGUGUGGAAGAGCUGUUGGAGAACCAUGAGGGUUGUGUAGAGUUUCUCGACCUUUACCUGGCAGGGCUUUCUGAGCCCUCUCAGAGGAAGCCUCUGGAAUCUGAACUGGGAGAGUUCAACACUGACCACAUCAUGGACUUCAGCAGCUGGUUUAAAAGCACCUCUCGGAAGGCACUGGAGAGCUAUCACACAGACAGACACCUCCAUUACUUUCAUCUGCUCCAUCAACGUCAGAAUGAGAAGCUGGUGAAGGAGAUCAUCACUCCGUCUGCCCGUGGCAUCAGCUAUGGCGUUCUGGGUGUACAUGACUGUGUGUCUCUCAGCUAUAUAGUGACAUGUCUGGGGGAAUGGGAUCAGCUGAAUCUGUACAGCAGCAAGGAUUUAACUGAGGAAAAAGCCAACCUUUUGGUUCCUGCCAUACGUCUCUCUCAUAAAAUAAUCCUGGUUCAGAGCUCUCUUAGUGCUGGGGCUCUCGCUCACCUGGCCUCAGCCCUCAGCCAGGGAAGGACCACAGAGCUGGAUAUGUCCUACAACCCCAUGGGUGACACAGGCUUCAAAGUUCUUUGCACAGGACUUGGGGACUGCAACAUACAAACAUUAAAACUUCCAGUGUGCGGGUUAACAGAGGCUUGCUGUGGGGACCUGGUGGCAGUCCUGACCUCAGACAAAUCCCAUCUCCGCGUGUUGGAGCUGAGGGGGAAUACGCUCCAUGACCAGGGGCUCAGGAAGCUGAGCCAUGCACUGGGAAGCCCUCACUGCAAACUGCAGGAGCUUCAGUUACCGAGGUGUGAGUUGACGGGGGGGUCCAUGGAGGCCUUGUCAACUGCACUGUGCGUUGGCCAAUCAGAGCUGAGAAUACUGAACCUGGCACAGAACUGCCUCACCGACCAGGGGGUGGAUUGGCUGGCCAAGGCUCUCCAAUAUCCCUGCUGCCAACUGCAAAGCCUGAUAUUGUUUGAUAAUGAGUUGACAGCUGCGUGUUGUGCUGGUGUGGCUGAGGCCUUGCAGUCAGAAGGCUGUAGGCUGACUGAGCUGGAUCUGUCUGUGAAUGCGUUGGGCCAGGAGGGGGCACUGCAGCUGUGUAUGGCCCUCAACAAGCCUGGAUGCCCACUGGAGAAACUGCGCUUGGUACGCUGUGAGUUGACUACCCUGGUCUUCAAGGAGUUGGGCGUUUUGCUGAGCAGUGGGACCUCUGGACUGAGAACACUGUCUGUGGGCCUGAACAAAAUAGGAGACGAAGGAGCCAAACACCUCUGGGUCGCACUGGGAAACAAACGGUGCAGUCUGGAGCACCUGGAUGUUGAGAUGAUCCAGCUGACGGAUGCCUGUGUUGGAGACCUGAGUGCGGCGGUGAGGGCCAGUGGCUUCCUGAAGAGCCUGGUCCUGAAGAACAACCAUCUGACUGACACCUCAGUCCCAGCCCUGGUCCAAGUCAUGCAGGAUAGUCGCACCAUGCAGGAGAUGAAUCUGCAGUAUAACGACUUCAGUGAAGACAUGUUUGAGAUGAUGGACCAGUGUGCAAAAAUCAAAUACUAAACAAAAAAUACCUUUUAAAAAUGUCACCACCAAAAAAACUUGACUAAUUUAGCCUGAGAAGGCUAAAUAAAAACCAAUCCCUUGACAGUAUUUGUUUGAUCCCUCCAUUCUUUCUACUAGUAUAGAGUUACAUGACAAUGGGCUUCAAACAGCCAUGGGCUGAACGGUGUCUGAUAGUGAACACAUUCAUGAGGUUACUUGUGUGCCAUUGCUAAAGUUUUGGUUGUCAAAAGAUGUUAACUAAUGAUUUGGUUCAAAUAAAGGUUUUUAAUGAGAAAAAUACAGAUCAUUUCUACUUUAUUUUUUCCCCUCAGAUGAGGGGAGGCAGCAUAUUCAGUAAGGCACACAAUCUCUUACAACCAUUAAAAUAUCACCGGUUUCAUCUAUAAAGCUCUCUCCAA